AUGAGUUAUAUGUUAGGACAUCUGCACAAUGGCUGGCAAGUGGACCAAGCCAUUUUAUCAGAAGAGGACCGUGUAGUUGUAAUUCGGUUUGGUCAUGAUUGGGAUCCUACAUGUAUGAAAAUGGAUGAAGUGUUAUACAGUAUUGCAGAGAAAGUAAAAAAUUUUGCUGUUAUCUACCUUGUUGAUAUUACAGAAGUUCCAGACUUCAAUAAAAUGUAUGAGUUGUAUGACCCAUGCACCGUAAUGUUCUUCUUCCGCAACAAGCACAUAAUGAUUGAUCUGGGAACUGGUAAUAAUAAUAAAAUAAACUGGCCACUGGAAGACAAGCAAGAAAUGAUUGAUAUUAUUGAAACAGUGUAUAGAGGUGCUCGAAAGGGACGAGGUCUUGUUGUCUCGCCUAAAGACUACUCUACCAAGUAUAGAUAU